AUGAUUAUUCCAAUAUUAGGACUUCGCCGUGUUAGAAGUUAUAUUACUUACGAUGACAAUAAUGGAACUACCUCAUAUGAAUCAAAUUCUAACUAUUCAACCCUCCAAAAAGGGGACGUUUCAGAUUGCCCUUGCCAAACUAACAAUUACACAUGCAUUCCAGACUGUUGCUGCGCUCCAAAGUGCGCUUCAUUCUAUAAUGCAUCUACAUAUACACAAUGCUACUCUGCUCCCACUGCUGAUAUCGUUACAAGAUGUGAUAGCUUUUCAAAAGAUUCAGUUGGCUCAGUUUCAGACUGGCUCAAGCGUGUAAUAUUCUGCGUAUACCGCGAAAACAAUCCUUUAACAAACAGAGGAAUCAUUUAUUCAGUACCAUAUUCAAAAUACAGAAAUACAGCGUUAAAUUAUACAGUUCAGAGCAAAGCAAGUUCAGCCGUCACAUCUUUUGGUUAUUUAACAGAAGAUGACGUUACAACUGUUACAGGAGCUGACAAAUCAAAUAGAGGCUAUCUUUUUGGACAAUCAAUUCUCAAUGCUGAUGGAGAAUUGUUUACCAUCAAUGCUAGCUCUGGUUCUGUUUCCAUUCCACUUGAAUUCGGCGUAAAUUCAGAUUUUGAAUUUAAUAUUCCAAAUGGAACAAAUCCAAAUGCAACAAUUUCAUUAUUAGACUCCACAGGAAAUCAUACAAUUCGAAUUAUGCCAAAUAAUACUCAAACAAUUGAUUUCAGCGUUAAUAGUACUGACGUUGCUGCAACAAGCUUCCUUGGACUUACGAUAUCAAUAUUGUACAAAGCUACAGACUAUAAACCAGCUCCACAAUAUAUUAUUGAUUCUGCUAUAGUAAAUACAACUACAUCAGACUUCCCCGAAGGAAUUCAUGCGGGGCUCAUAAAUGGAACCCAUGUAGUUGGUCACAUUGGAUUCUUCGAGCUUCCAAAUAGUGAAAACUUUUUGGACACAUCUUCAGAAGCUGAUGAAGACUCAUGGCUUCCAUUCAACUGGAAAGGUGUUAACAACAGCUAA